AUGUCAUAUCUCUUGCAACAUACUCCAUCUGGUCGAUUUGCUCCAAAUCAAGAGGAGCACUAUCCCGAAUUUUUGCCUUCUAGUCGAUCUUCUUCAAUGCAAGUUGAAGAUUCUACUACUGAAUCUAUGCCAGAUGCUCCUCCAUCUUAUCAAGAGGCUGUGGCAGAAACACCUACAAACUCAUUUACGACUGCAACUUCAGAUACAAGUUAUCUCUCAGAUCGAUUGGCAACUGAGUUUGAACAAUAUGAAAACAAAAUUUGUUCUCUUGAAAAAAUGGUUGAAAAACUCAUCAAUAUAAUAUUAUUCUUAAAGAAUAAAGUUCAAAUGAAACAAGAACUUUUUAAUGACUUUUUAGAGUUAGUUAGGAAACAAUUUAAUGAAUUUGUAGAUUUGAUUAAAUUGAAAUUAUCUUCAAUGUAA